ACCGAGCUGCCAUCACUACGCAAACUCUAAAGUUCCUCAGAGAACAUAAUCGUAGUUUUUGAAGCGGCUCUGCUCCGCUUCGAAUCGGUGCUCGAGACCUUCAGCAGCCCAGUUACGGUUUCGUGGUUCUCGCUUACUUUAUCACUCGCUUAACUGGUAGUGAGUACGGCAGGAGCCGCGACAAGAUGACUUUAAUAAAUAAGAUGGAGAUCGAUGAAAAGAAUAUGAAGGGCGAGGGAUUCAAGCCAUAUUAUAUACAAAAAAUCGAAGAGCUGCAGCUUAUUGUGGCGGAGAAAAGUCAAAAUCUUCGCCGAUUACAAGCGCAGCGUAAUGAACUUAAUGCGAAAGUACGUAUGCUACGCGAAGAGCUGCAACUUCUCCAAGAGCAGGGAUCUUAUGUUGGAGAAGUUGUGAAACCAAUGGACAAAAAAAAAGUUUUGGUGAAAGUUCAUCCGGAAGGAAAAUUUGUUGUCGAUUUAGAUAAAAAUAUCGAUAUCAAUGAUGUAACACCAAAUUCUCGAGUCGCUUUAAGAAAUGAAAGCUACACGUUGCAUAAGAUCCUUCCAAACAAAGUUGAUCCACUUGUGUCGCUCAUGAUGGUUGAAAAGGUACCGGACUCAACUUAUGAAAUGGUCGGCGGUCUUGAUAAGCAAAUUAAAGAAAUUAAAGAAGUCAUCGAACUACCAGUUAAACAUCCAGAACUCUUUGAUGCUCUUGGUAUUGCUCAACCUAAAGGAGUACUUUUGUAUGGUCCACCAGGGACAGGUAAAACUUUAUUAGCUAGAGCGGUAGCUCAUCAUACCGAAUGUACAUUUAUUCGAGUAUCUGGUUCUGAGCUCGUACAAAAGUUUAUUGGAGAGGGUUCUCGAAUGGUUCGGGAACUUUUUGUUAUGGCAAGAGAACAUGCGCCAUCUAUCAUUUUUAUGGAUGAAAUCGAUUCUAUUGGUAGUUCACGUAUUGAAUCAGGAUCAGGUGGUGACAGUGAGGUUCAACGUACAAUGUUGGAACUGUUAAAUCAAUUAGAUGGAUUUGAAGCAACUAAGAAUAUUAAAGUUAUAAUGGCAACAAAUCGAAUUGAUGUCUUAGACCCUGCACUUUUACGCCCUGGUCGUAUUGAUCGUAAAAUUGAAUUUCCACCUCCAAACGAGGAAGCUCGUCUUGACAUUUUGAAAAUUCACUCAAGAAAAAUGAAUUUAACACGUGGUAUCAAUUUAAGAAAAAUAGCUGAAUUAAUGCCUGGCGCUUCAGGAGCUGAAGUGAAGGGCGUAUGCACAGAAGCUGGUAUGUACGCUUUACGAGAACGCAGAGUUCAUGUGACACAAGAAGACUUUGAAAUGGCUGUAGCAAAGGUAAUGCAAAAAGAUUCCGAAAAGAACAUGUCAAUCAAGAAAUUAUGGAAAUAAUUAACUCAAAAUUCAUAUUAUUUUAUAAGCUGUAAAUUAAUUUAAUUAUU